CCCAGCAUCCUCUCCAGCAGCCCAGCCAGCCGUCCGCCCCGUCCAGUCCAGUCCCGCCCGCCAUAUGCCCAUUCACCUCACACCAGCGCCCCGCACACGCAUGCAUUACUCCACCGCACUCGCUCCAUCAAUUCGCGCCUAUCCUUGCUGCCCCAAUCACUCACCGCAAAUCCCCGCAACCACGCCGCCAAGACACACGGGCACUCGAGUCCAACACCUCCCGUAGCUCACCCCCGAGCCCGUUCCGCUGUCCUCGGUGCAUGGUAGCCACUAGCGGCCAUCGCGUGUGAGCAGGCCAUCUUCGCCAUGAGUGCUAUCCUGACCGACCGCCAAGCCGAGGAGCUACACAAGGCCAUAGCAGCAUACCUGGGCGUCAUCGGCGCCCCAGACACGGCCGCUGCCUUCCGCGAAGAGGCAAACAUCCCCGCCAGCUUCGACGAUGCGACGAGGAAGAAGUACGAGGGGCUGCUGGAGAAGAAGUGGACCAGCGUCGUCCGGCUGCAGAAGAAGGUGCUGGAGCUUGAGCAGCGCAACCAGACCCUCCAGGCCGAGCUGGACUCGACCACACCGACCUCCCUCAUCCGCCGAAACCAAGACCCCACCAGCUGGCUACCGCGCGCCCCUGCACGCCACACCCUGCAGUCUCACCGCUCACCCGUCACCUGCGUCGCCUUCCACCCCGUCUUCUCCUCACUCGCCUCGGGCUCGGAAGACACGACGAUCAAAAUCUGGGACUGGGAGCUGGGCGAGCUUGAGAGGACUGUAAAAGGGCAUACAAAAGGUGUGCUGGAUGUAGACUUUGGUGGUCCUCGAGGUGGCACACUGCUCGCAUCGUGUUCCAGCGACUUGACCAUCAAGCUCUGGGACCCUUCAGACGAGUACAAGAACAUUCGAACACUGCCUGGUCACGACCAUUCCGUCUCUGCAAUCCGAUUCGUUCCCAGUGGAGCAGCGGGCUCACCCUCGUCCGGCAACCUCCUCGUCUCUGCCUCUCGAGACAAGACUCUACGGGUGUGGGACGUGACGACAGGAUACUGCGUCAAGACAAUACGAGGUCAUGCCGACUGGGUACGCGACGUUGCGCCAAGUUUCGACGGACGGUGGCUGCUCUCUGCAGGAAACGACCAGACUGCACGGUUGUGGGACGCCAGCUCAGGAGAGGCCAGAUGCACUUUUCUUGGACACGAACAUGUCAUCGAGUGCGUGACAAUUGCACCCCCGGCCUCCUAUGCCAAUCUUGCUGCGCUUGCAGGGUUGAAGAAGCCACCACCCUUCAGCAGCUCCGCAGAGUACGUUGCUACUGGGUCGAGAGACAAGACGAUAAAGAUAUGGGACGGGCGAGGUACGCUGAUCAGAACACUCGUUGGCCACGAUAACUGGAUACGCUCGUUGGUAUUUCAUCCGGGAGGCAAAUAUCUCCUGUCAGUCAGCGACGACAAGACGAUUCGCUGCUGGGAUCUUACACAAGAAGGUCGAUGCGUCAAGGUGGUCACAGACGCCCACAGCCAUUUCGUCAGCUGCAUGCGAUGGGCACCCAAUGUGGUCAAAGACGUCCCAGUCAACGGCGAAAACGGUACAUCAACAAACGGUGCCAACAAGAAGAAAGAAGAAGAGGCGGCCAAAGCAGGCAUACGAUGUGUUAUUGCGACAGGCAGUGUAGACCUCAGCGUUCGCAUAUUUGCAUCAUGAGGGGGAAGGAUUGCAUCAAGUCCCCAGCUUCUACAGCAACAUGACUACGCCGCUCUCUAGCUGUGCGCGGUCCAAAUCCAGCCUCGGAGUCUCUGAAGUGCUCUAGGAUGAUAUGUCUGGCCAGUAGCUCGCAGAAAUUUGUUUGGGCUCCAGGUCAUGUCUGUUCUGCGCCAGACCAUGUACGUAUACCCCAUUUACGUGUCCCACGAAGUUCUCUCACGCGUUGACGAUAGCGGCGUUUCUGAUUUGGGAUACAAGGCCUGUGGUUGGCCGGGAAAGUCUAUGGAUAGAAUAGCGAAAGAUAGUCUUUUUAAUCGUAGUAUCAUGGGCUCAAACAUGGUACUCUCAAUUACGAUUGUUCAAUUGCAUGCGAAGAUUACCA